AUGGCCUCUUCUUCCGACAAAAAUAGUGAUUCUCAAAAAUCAGACAAAGAUCGAGAUGAAAACGAGGGUAAAAAAUUAGGGCAAAAUAAAAUUCCGAGGCCAAAUUUAAAGACGAAGAAGAAAAGGGAACGCGACGAGCAAACUGAGACCAAAAGAAAGAAAUCAUGGGUGUGGAAGCAUUUUGAAGUAGUGAAAAAGCCACUGAUGAGCAGAAACGACGAGGGGGUACUUGUCCAAGUUGGAUUAACCAACCGAGCUAAAUGCAGGUACUGUGAUUCUGACUUGGCUUGUAAUUCAACUAGAAAUGGAACUAGCACACUUCAAAAGCAUUUAGAACUGCAUUGUGAUGGUUAUCCUGGUAGUGCAAGAAAUAUUGAUUCUGGGGACCAAGGGCAAGGGGCUGAAAUUAUUAGAAGAAAGAAAGAUAAAGGAGUGAGAGGGAAAAAAGUGGGGCCUCCAACUGAUGAUGAUUGGGAUAAAGCUGUUGCAUUUGUCAAGUUUUUGAGAGUGUUUUUUGAUGUCACUUUGAAUGUUAGUGCUUCAAGCAAACCUACUGCUCACAAGGCAUUUCAUGAUAUUGUUUCAAUUAAAUGUGAGAUUGAAGAGAUUUUUGAUGCACCAAUCACAAACCACAGCACAGAUUAUGAGAAAACAUUGUUCAACAUGUCAGUCCAAAUGAGGAGCAAGUACAACAAGUACUUUGAUUCACUAGAUGAUGUGAAUCAGUUCCUGCUUGUUGCUUUGGUGUUAGACCCCAGAUUCAAGCUAAGAUAUUUCACUAGGGUUCUUGAGAGGAUGCUGAAUUAUGAUGCAUUUACUGUAAAAGUAAGUACUGAAACUUUGAAAGACUUGAUUGUUACUCUCACUGACUUGUAUGCUUCAAUGAAUGGUGUUCAAAGUUCUAGCACAAAAAAGGCAGAUGGUGAUGAAACUGGGAGUGGAAGCAGUUGUUCUUUAAACAAGCUGACAGGAAAGAAAGCAAAAAUGAUGGAAGAUUGGACAAAAGACCUUGAAGAUGUUGAUGCUGUUGUGGUUGCUCAUGAGGUAGACAGAUACCUACUUGAUCCAAUUGAGAAACCAGGUCCAGGAGUUGAUUUUAAUAUUUUGUCAUGGUGGAAGCUAAUGGGAGGUAAGUAUCCUAAUUUGCAAGCACUUGCUAAAGAUGUCCUAGCCAUUCAAGUUAGUACUGUUGCUUCUGAGUCAAGUUUUAGCACUGGGAAAAGAGUUAUUGAUCCUCAUAGGAGUUCAUUAACUCCUAGAUCAGUGGAAGCACUGAUUAGUCUUCAAAGUUGGCUUAAGUCUGAUUCCAUCACAACCCUUGCAUACACUCCUACCCCAGAUGAAAUUGAAUGGUUUGAAAAAACUGAACAAGAAUUGGACCAAGAGGAGAGAGAGCAUAGAGAGAAGUUAUUGAAACAAAAGGAAAUGGAGUUGAUUGAGAAGAAAAAUAAAGCUGCAAAAGCCUCCAAAUGCUCUGAUGCUGGAACAUCUUCCAAAAAGAAAAUUUGA